AUGGGUCGUCACUGCUUCUACGUUUACUAUGAUGGGGAACAGUAUUUCCAUGACUUGCAUGGGCUGUCCUAUAAAGGCGAGUCAGUGAAGCAGAAGUUCAUUGAGUUGAAAUGGGGAACACACUUGAGAAAAAUGCACCGGAAGAUAAUGGAAGCUCUACGGUUGGACAAGGAGUCACAUAAGAUAUCCAUUGUGUACCGUGCCCCCCAGAUACUUGUGAGUACUCAGGUUGUCUACAACUCAAAUCCGUUGGGUUGCGAUGCUGACGUGGACAUGAUGUGGGCAGUGAUUAAGCGGACCCCCCAGUUCAUAGCGUCUGACUUGUAUGUAACUGUUGAGGCUGUUGGGUUCCAUGGUAGUGCAAGUUCACAGCAUGCCAGUGGGGUGGAAGAGCCACACUCAUUGUCGGUUGACGUGCAUCCUCCCUUUGCCUAUGCCACGCCUUUCCCCUACAAUAAUCAACCAUGUGCAAUAGAUCAUUUGGACAACACCGAAGUGGUGGGCGCCACCAAUACACAUGAUGUGGGAGGGUCUACUCACACAUAUGAGCAUGUCCAAGCUGAUAUGGACGGGGGAAUUGAUAUUGAUGCCAGCCGAGAUGUGUAUGAAGAGUUCAUUGAUACAGAUGGACCAGUGGACGACGCGGAGGUCUUAGAUGUACCACUGAUUGAAAAUAACGAGGAAGAUUGCCUUACAACAGUUCCUCUCCCAGAAUGGUUCACAUCAAACACAUGGGACAAUAUUAAUGACCCAUCACCUGCAUUGGGUACAGGACAUCUUACAAGUUGGCAUAAAGAUGACCACCCAGCAAGGGGGAUGCUAUUCAAGAAUAAAGCCUCUGUUCAAUAUGUGUUGACCCUCUACUCUGUGGAGCAUAACAAGCAAUACAAGGUCAUCAAGUCUGACACCAAUAGGCUGGUAGUGCGGUGUAAGAAUGAGGCAUGUCUGUGGUCAAUUCGGGCCAAUUGCAGCAAGAAGCACGGGAUGUGGGUUAUCAGUACAUGUAAGGGUCCCCAUAGUUGCUCAUCCCUCCAGCUACCAACUGAUGGGCGGAUGAUGGAUUCAAAGUUCAUCUCCAUUGCACUUGAGAAGUAUGUACGGGAAGACCUAACCCGAAAGGUAAGGGACUUGCGUAGUAUGUUGCAUGCAAGGCAUGGGCAUGAUGUAACUAUGUACAAGGUUUGGGAAGCCAAACAGAAGGCAGUUGCACGUAUUUACGGGGAUUUUGACGAGUCGUACGCAGAAUUGCCACGAUUUCUAGCUGCAUUGUCUGAUGCAGAUCCGGAUACUGUGACCACAUUAAAGUGUGACCCCAAUGUCCCGGGGACUUGUAUAUUCAACUCCGCGUUUUGGGCUUUCGGUCCGUGUAUUAGAGGGUUUAGGCAUUGCAGGCCGGUGAUAAGCAUAGAUGCAACGCACCUUUAUGGCAAGUACAAAGGAAAGCUGUUGAUAGCAAUGGCAACAGAUGGUAACAACGAGGUUUAUCCACUCGCAUUUGCCGUUGUCGAAAGCGAGAGCACGGAGACAUGGGGAUGGUUCUUGUGUGGCCUUGAAGAACUUGGUAUGGAACGCAGCAACUGCAAAUCAAGUUAG